CGCACCCACUCCUGCGGCUGAAGAAAACUCCCAUCAACCCUGUUUCCUGGUGGACUGCCACGUAACAAUUCAGGCGACGUGUACCGGUUAGCAAUUAUCCCGGAGCAGAAAAUAUAUUACUAUAAAUCCUAAUAGAAUAUAAAAGCGGUGUUGUCAUGGGGGGAUCUCAGAGUGUUGAGAUACCGGGAGGAGGAUCCGAAGGCUACCAUGUUCUUCGGGUUCAGGAAAACUCUCCAGGACACCGGGCAGGACUGGAGCCGUUCUUUGACUUCAUCGUCUCCAUCAACAAUGAAAGACUGGUGACUAACAAGGACAAUGACACUCUGAAAGACCUGCUGAAGGCCAGCGUGGAAAAGCCUGUCAGGAUGCUGGUCUAUUCCUCUAAGACACUGGAACUUAGGGAGUCCACUGUCACCCCUAGCAACCUAUGGGGGGGUCAAGGCCUGCUGGGCGUCUCCAUACGCUUCUGCAGCUUUGAGGGAGCCAAUGAGAAUGUCUGGCAUGUGCUGGAGGUGGAGCCUAACUCUCCUGCAGCCUUGGCUGGCUUGCGUCCCCACACUGAUUACAUCAUAGGAGCGGACACGGUUAUGAAUGAGUCAGAGGACCUGUUUUCUCUGAUCGAGACUCAUGAGGGGAAGGGGCUGAAGCUUUACGUCUAUAACACAGACACGGACAACUGCAGAGAGGUGGUCAUUACCCCCAACAGCGCCUGGGGUGGCGAGGGCAGUCUGGGUUGUGGGAUAGGUUAUGGAUACCUGCACAGAAUUCCCACGCGACCCUUUGAAGAGGGGAAGAAGAUCAGUUUUCCAGGUCAUAUUCCCAGUGGUGAGCCCAACAGUCCGCUCAAGGACGGAUUCACUGAGGUCCAGCUUUCUGCUGUAACCCCACCCCCUGUCGUGCCUUCUAUCUCCCCGGGGCUUGAGGAUACGCUCUCCAGCUUGUCACUCAGCUCAGCUCCACCCUCCAUCCACAGCGAGCUUCAGACGGGUCUACCAACCGUUCCCCUGCUGCCCACCUCUGACAGUUCCAUGAAUCCAGACUCCACAACUUUCAACCCUGCCACCACACUACCAGGCCUUAUGUCUCUACCAGGUGGCCUGCCCUCAUUUCCAAACCUCCCCAACCUCAACCUCACUGCACUACCAGACCUCAGCGCUGUUUCGCUAGCAGGUUUCCCUCCGCUUGCCCCUCUACCUCCUUUGAACCUCCCCAGUCUGGCCCCCCUGCCUCCACUGCCCCCCAUGCUAUCUCAGCUCCCCUCCCUGCCCCCCGGAAUAACAUCCCUCCCCCCCGUUGACCUCUCCUCCUUCACCCCCCUCACCCUUCCCACAGUCCCCCCCGCCCCAGAGCACACCCUCCCUAAAGCAACAGCUCCUUCUACAGUUAAAGGUAACAGCAGCAACAUCACUGUCACAGAACCAGCCAUCCCCUCGGAAACCGUCCCCAGGGAGACCACGGAAUCACAGGCUGCCACGGAAACGUCGUAACACAGGAGUCUCAAAUCCAAACCUACUGGUUUCUCUCUCUGUCUCAUACUCUCUGUCUCGUUCUCUCUCAUAUUUAUUUAGCUAGGACGAACGGAAGCAGCGGUGAGGUUGGCACACUCAGAAGGUAGUCAUUUGGAAAUGAGGAGCAAGAAUGAUGGACAGAUGGGAUGGAGUGGCUAGCUCUUCCUGUCCCAUGCUCCCCCAGUUUCAUAGAAAAUUCCAAUGGUAUUCUGUACAUCAAGUGGGAUAUUUUUAUAUAACCUCCCAAAACACUUAAGUAAACCCAGACAUCUUUUAGUUCGACAUUGCUUCUUAUAUACAUAUUUGUUAAACCGCUUGAUGAUUGUUUCUGUUAAGGAAUGAAAACUGCAUUAUUUUGCACCACAUUUGUGUUUUCAAAUUAUUAGGCAUGUUUGUCCUUGUAUGUCUCUAUGCACCAUCAUUUUAAACCGGAUUCUAAAAGUUUGAAUACUGUUUGCUAGUGAUAGGCACAAGAUGGCCAAGUACGAGUGGACCAAAAGGAAAAUACCAUCAGAACUAUGAACAUUGAUUAUUUGUGGAUCGGGAAGAUUGAAGUAAUUGAUGAGGCAUUUGGCUGAAGUGUGUUAAACGCUGUGGUACAGUCCUUUCUUGCAUGGCCAGAAAAAGUUUUAAGGUGAAGGCGCAGUGCUGCUGUUCAUCCAUACAAGGGCGCUGUGUUACACCUGUGUGAAAAGAGACUAUACUCGAGCAAUAAAGCCAAUGGAAUUUUACACAA